UACGUUACGCUGUUACAUAAGAGCGCUGCUGCCUGCGUAUAGCGCAGAUCUAUGAUCCUGGACUUGGAAAGUUAUAUUUUCCGAGUGCGUUCACUGGUGAGAUGCCUCCUGUGAAGCUCGAGACGGCAGACGACGCUAAGCCUGUUGACAAUGGCAAGGCAACGGAAUUCAUUACCUCAGCAUUGAAGGGACUAGAGACAAUUGAACCUCUGGUGCGCUCGGUAGAAGAGACCCCGGAGCCGAUAUCCGCUGAAGUGCAAGGUACCAUCCCAUCCUGGAUCAGUGGCAAACUCCUCCGCAAUGGCCCGGGGAAGUUUGAGUUUGGAAACACACACUACAACCACUGGUUCGAUGGGAUGGCCAUGCUGCACCAGUUCAAGAUCCACGAAGGUCAGGUGACGUACAUGAGUCGGUUCUUGGACAGCGAUGCCUACAAGAACAAUCGCGAAAAGGACCGCAUUGUGAUGUCGGAAUUUGGUACCCUGGCCAUGCCCGACCCCUGUAAGAACGUCUUCCAGCGCUUCCUGUCUCGCUUUGAAAUGAUAACGCCCACGGACAAUGCGAGUGUGAGCUUUGUGAAGUACAAGGGUGACUUCUUUGUCAGCACAGAGACUAAUUUUAUGCACCGAGUGAACCCGGAGAACUUAGAAUCAUUGGAAAAGGUAGACUGGAGCAAAUUCAUUGCUGUAAAUGGAGCCACCGCCCACCCACACUACGACCCCGACGGCACCACCUACAAUAUGGGUAACUCCUAUGGAAGCAAAGGAGCCCUGUACAACAUCAUCAGAGUGCCUCCUGAGAAGACAGAUGCCAAAGACACCCUUCAGGGAACCAAAAUACUUUGCUCUAUUGUUCCUGCAAACAAGUCCCAUCCCUCCUACUAUCACAGCUUUGCCAUGUCGGAGAACUACGUGGUGUUCAUCGAGCAGCCGAUCAAGAUGGACCUGAUGAAGAUAGUCACAUGCAAGCUGAGGGGGAAGGCUAUGAGUGACGGCAUCUACUGGGAUCCGAAACUGGAAACGGUCUUCCAUGUCGUCAACAAGAAAAACGGGGAGGUCAGCUCGGUGAAGUACCACACCAAAGCCAUCUCCACCUUCCAUCAGAUCAACGCCUUCGAGGAAGAUGGAUUCUUGAUGAUCGACCUGUGCUGCUCAGACAACGGCCAAGCCAUCAACAACUACCUCAUCCAGAACCUACGCAAGUCGGGGGACGCCUUAGAUGAGGUGUACAACACCAUGGGCAGAGUAUUCCCUCGGCGAUUUGUUCUUCCUCUCAACGUGACCGGUGAAACUCCAACGGACCAGAACCUGAACACGCGGCUCUCCAGCUCAGCGACGUGUGUCAAAGUCAGCAACGACAAGGUGUUCUGCCAACACGAGGAUCUCCAUGGAGAUGAGCUCCACCAGUACGGAGGCCUUGAGUUCCCUCAGAUCAACUAUGGAAGAAACAACACGCGGCCAUACCGCUACUUCUAUGGCUGUGGCUUCAGACACCUGGUGGGAGACUCGCUGCUCAAGAUGGACCUGAAGGACAAGACAUUUAAGGUGUGGCAGCAGAAGGGUUUCUUCCCUUCAGAGCCUGCGUUUGUGGCGUCGCCUGAUGCCGUGGAAGAGGACGAAGGACUCAUCCUCUCGGUGGUUCUCAGCCCCUCACAGGAUAAAGGAGCAUUCCUCUUGGUUUUGGAUUCAAAGAGCUUUGAAGAACUGGCAAGAGCUUAUGUGCCUGUUAACAUGGCUUAUGGCUUCCAUGGUACCUUCGACGCCUCUGCAUAACCCUGCUUCUGUUACAUAUAAGUGUUUCUUUAAUGAAUGUAGUAGCAGCAAUAUGUACAAAAACACUAUAACCACUGUAUUCCUGAUGGUACUAUAUCUCUGCUGCGAUAUAUUAAGAAAGGUGCAGUGUUCCGUUUAGCCGGGCUUCCACUCGACUCACUAAUGACGCCGGGUCCUUUUCCUCUACACGUUUUCACUUUGGAAAGUGUUGCCUCAGCUCAGUAGGGAUCAGCGGAUCACAAGGUAACAACGGCGCGUUAAACGGCUGUGACGUCACCGUGAGAAACUUAAAUGAGCCGCUGAAUCCUUUCAAUGGCCCCCAAACAAAAGAGCCCCUGCACAGUGGUUAAGCGGCGUACACGCUGUUUGGGCAGAGAUGCGUUCUUUUAAUUAGGGUGGAAGGCCUUAAAGUUUAAACCGUAGACUAACGGUACAAUGAACUCCAAGAUACUUGUUAUUUUUAAUAACUAUUUUCAUAAUACUUUUAUAUCAACCUUAGACUGGUACUCUGACUUAUUAUACGUUGGCCGUCAAACUUGUGUUUUUCAGGUUACGCGAUGCUUCAACCACCACAAGUGUCAAACAAACCUUUUUUUAACACAUUCACACAUUGUUUUGUAUAUUGUAUUUUUACAGAGUUUAUACUCAUGUGUCAAUAAAAUUGCCUGAGCUGUCAAGUGAGUUUACAAAGUUGUGGUGCAUCUAUAUGUAAACAGAUAUAACAUUUAAAAAAUGCUUUAAUAAUAACUUACCGAUAUUCCCUUUUAUGCAUUGUACUGAAGAAUAAUGGAAAGUUAUACUUUUUGUAUUGAAAACAAAAACUCCCUUAAAUUGUUUGAAAUUGAAAUUUGAAGUUUGAAAUUUCUAAAUUCAGAACGAAAUAUUGUUUAAUAUUGUCAGGGGCCAAGAGUUAAAUCAGCAGAAAUAGUUGUGUUUCAUAAUAUGUGUUUAUCCACAGUGAGUCUAGAUCAGGACAACGGCUCUGCAACAGAAAAUUAACCAAUGCAAAUAUUAUCUCAACGUCAAAUGCUCCAAAUUUUAAAGACAUUUGUUUGAGAAUUUUCUUAUGCCAAUAAACUGUAAUGUACACAUGAAAACUGCGAAGGCACUUGAUUUCUCUCAGUUGUAACAAUUUCUGAGCAAAAGUCUUGAGUUGGGGACACGUGUCAUUACUAAGGUUUAUUAGAAGGUUUUAUAUGCAUAUAUUACAUACUGUAUUUAUAUUACUGACUUUAAACUUGUGCGUUAAUGAUGUGCUUUCACUCUUUAUGUAUAGUUGAAUUACAUAUAGGCAUUUUGCCAAACCCAAAGUAUAUUCCUUUUAUAUAUUAUUCCUAAGAUUAAAGGAUAUCCGGGGAAAUCAUUUUAAUUGCUGUGUAAGUCACAAGUGGACCAAAGCGGAUUAAAGCUGAUCUGAAACUAAUGUGUUAUGUGAAAACCAAUAAAACUUUGUGCUGCUAA